AUGUCACAAGGCCGCCAGCGCCAGCCUCGCAUUUGUGAGCCCGACGGGGGCGAGGGCCGUGUGGGCCUGAGCUGCCAAUGCCAGCCCUUUGAGGCUUUCACUUUUGAAUGUGAACUGCGCCUGCAGGUCGUCUCCAGCACGCCGACCAGCUGGAGAGCCGAAGCCAAACCGGACACGUGGCCCGGAGCGACCAGCGCGAGUUCCGCGCUUGCAGCCGCCGUCUUUGUUGGGGCCAGCUUCGCGAGAGCAGUGUCCUCGGAAAGGUUGACCUCUCUAUCCAUGGCAGCCCACCGCAAACCCACAAAGAAGGGGCGAAAGCUUUGCGUGAUUGAAUGUGUCGAACAGCGGCAGAUGGUGAAGGACGGUGUGCCAGGUGCAGGAGGGCCUCGAGGCGGUGUCAGCCGGUACUACACAGAGAAGAACGUUCGUAACACUCCUGAGCUGCUGAAGCUUCGCAAGUUCAACAAGUACCUGGGCCGUCACACUCUCCACGUGGAGCUGAAGUGA